GUGGACACCCAGACACCUAACUACACAGGCACCUACCAGGUAGGUGGUGGCAAGGUGGGUAGCUGUUCGUCAUCGGACUCGUUCCGCACGCAUUUGUAUUUGCUACCUCGCAUACUCCGUACAGCCAACAUAAAAGCUACUAGUAUUCCAUACUGCUGCCCACCAGUUCACCCCCAACACUUUAUGUCAAAUAUCCUUCAUCGCAUCCGACAGCAAGUAUCUCACCUCAGCAAGUUCCCUACUACACCUAUCUUAGCCCCAGCAAGAGCAGCCCGCUUCUCUACAAUGUCGGAUAAUAAAGCCACCAUCACAGACUGGGUCAAGCCAGACGACAAGUCGGGCGAGUUCAAGCGCCAACAGUCUGCAUUUCGAAAUUUCAUCUCCAAAGAUGCCAAUUCCGAGUUCCCAGCCGAGAAGGACAGAUAUCAUCUCUAUGUAUCUUAUGCUUGUCCAUGGGCUCAUCGGACCCUAAUCGUCCGCCGACUCAAAGGAUUGGAGAACAUCAUCGGCUUCACCAGCGUGCAUUGGCACAUGGCCGAGAAAGGCUGGCGCUUCGCCACGCCCGACGAACACGUCCCCGGCGAAAACACCACCCCGGAGCCCUUGCACCCGGACUUCACACACCUGCGCGACCUCUAUUUCGCCGCGGACCGCGACUACGCCGCGCGCUUCACCGUGCCGGUCCUCUGGGACAAGAAGAAGCAAACCAUCGUGUCCAACGAGUCCGCCGAGAUCAUCCGUAUGCUGUACACCGAGUUCGACGACCUGCUGCCCGAACAAUUCAAGGCGGCCAACGGCAACGUCGACUUGUACCCGGAGCGGCUCCGCCACGAAAUCGACGAGACAAACGCCUGGACGUACGACGACAUCAACAACGGCGUGUACAAGUCUGGCUUCGCCACCACCCAAGAGGCAUACGAGAACAACGUGCGCAAACUGUUCUCGAGCCUCGAUCGCGCCGAGGCAGACCUCGCAAAAUCCUCGGGCCCCUUCUACUUCGGCGACAAGAUCACCGAGGCCGAUGUAAGGCUGUACACGACCAUCGUGCGCUUCGACCCCGUGUACGUGCAGCAUUUCAAGUGCAACAUCAAGGAUAUCAGGUCCGGGUAUCCGAAUCUGCACAAAUGGCUGAGGAAUUUGUACUGGACCGUGCCCGCGUUUGGCGAGACGACCGAGUUCGAGCAUAUCAAGAAGCACUACACAAAGAGUCACAAGCAGAUCAAUCAGUUCUCCAUCACACCCGUCGGACCACUGCCCGAUAUCUUGAAGCUGGAUGAGGAGGUGCCUGCUGCAGCUGCAGCAAAGAGAUGAGGGCACGCUUGUAGAAAGAGGCUCUAGUCGUCAAAGUGGAUAUCCAAUGGAUUGAGUAUAGUAUCGAUACCAGAAAAAGUGCUGACUCUA